AUGGUGCAGGAUGAAGAGCAGGAGGAAGAGGAGUGCCCUGUGUGCACGGAGCUAUACGGGCUGGGCGAGCACCGCCUGACCCUGCUCCACUGUGGCCACGGCCUAUGUGUGGGCUGCCUGCGCCAGUUGCUGGGCACAGCCCCAGGGGCAGACCUGGGCCGCGUGUGCUGCCCGCUGUGCCGCCAGAGGACGCCCAUGCUGGAGUGGGAGAUCUGCCAGUUGCAGGAGGAGCUGCUGCGGGCUGACGGGCCCCAGCGGCCCCCGCCCCCCGCACCCGCGCUGCGGGGUCCCGGGCCCUGGAACUCCCUCGAGCACCGCUACCGGCUUCACUUCCUCACAGGGCCCCUGGGUGGCCGAGGCUGCCUGCCCUUCCUGCCCUGCCCAACGUGCCUGGGCGCGCGGCUCUGGGCCCUCCGGGAACAUGGCCCUUGCACCCGCCGCUUGGCGCUGCUGGGCCUGCUGGGCCUGGAGCUACUGGGGCUGCUGCUCAUCUUCACACCUCUCCUGCUGCUGGUGCUGCUCUUGGUGCUGCUGGCCCGCUCAGGCCACUGA